UAAGAUAUGUGAGUCUGACUUUGUACAGGAUGCACUUAACAAAUCACCCCUGCACCAGAAAAGCUAGGGGUGAGGACAAGAUGGUUGAGCUCUUGGUCUUUCUUCUUCUCUGCAACUCUUAUGUGACUAAAUCAUCUGAGACUUCUCAGCCUGCUCCAUUCCUAGCUGCAAAGUUGGGGGACAACGUGACAGUUGAAUGCCAUGUAACCAGUAAUGUUGAUCACAUGGUGUGGUACAAGAUGACCACUGGCAAGAAACUCCAGUGUGUGGCAAAGGCAGAGAUCUUUUACAAACAUGUACAAUAUUUUGGUAACUUUAGAAAUGGGCGUUUUCAUGUAUUGAUAGAAAAAAGAAAAUGUCACCUAACUAUAUCUGCUACGAAGCCAGAGGACAUUGGAAUAUACUACUGUGGAGUUUUGCACUUAAACUUUGUAGAGUUUGGACCUGGAACCGCCUUGAUGGUUAAAGGUGCUCAGUUGAACAGUAAUACUGUUGUACAGCAGCCUGCUUCUGAGUCAGUCCAGCUAGGAGACUCUGUGACUCUGAACUGUACAGUACACACUAAGACCUGUGCAGGAGAACACAGUGUCUAUUGGUUCAGACAUGGCUCAGGAGAAUCCCGUCCAGGAAUCAUUUACACCCAUGGAGACAGGAGUGAUCAGUGUGAGAAGAGCUCUGAGACUGGGUCUCCUACACAGAGCUGUGUCUACAACCUCUCCAAGAGAAACCUCAGCCUCUCUGAUGCAGGAACGUACUACUGUGCUGUGGCCUCAUGUGGGGACAUACUGUUUGGGAACGGGACCAAUAUGGAUAUUGAAGUUCCAGAGCAUGAUUCUCCAUUUGAUCUGAGUCCUACUGUUGUGGCCUUGGUCGUCUCCAACAUCGUUCUGGGGAUAGUGACCCUUCUACUUGUCUGGGCGCUGUGCAAGACUCUGAACAGAGAUAGCAGAGGGAAGACAGAUGUCCCAAAGUCGUUUGGCAAUCAGAAUCAAGACAGUGACAUGUUGAACUAUGCAGCUGUCAGUUUCACCCCCAAGAAGAAGUCCUCCUCUAGAACAGCGAGAAAGAAGACCAGCAGAGAGGAUGCAGUGUACUCUGAUGUCAGAUACCUUCAGCAGCAGUGAAAGAUAUCACCACUGUCACAAAGACUCCAAGUACUAUUGGUAGCCUAAUAAAACUGCUUUUGGUAACUGACAUUAGUAUGGCAUUUUACACACAACAAAGAAACUGUAAUUUGAACAUUGUCUAUAUGUUAGAUUUAUAUAAUGAUCCUGUAAUGCCUUAAAUAGCCAUCACUUUUGACAGCUUGUAAGAAAUCCUCUAAUAGAGAAUCCUGUUUUUGUUGUAUGACUGUCUGUUUUUAACCUAAUAAACCAUUAAUUUAUACACACUGUA